AUCAAGAAAAUGAGAUUCUCAAAGAAUAAAAACAUAUUCUGAAAGCAUCAAAAGCCUUUCUCCCUUCUUUUUAGGGGACACACCAAAUCCAAAAUUUAAAUAUUCACCAUCCUAAACCCCUCACUCUCCCGAUGAAGCGUAUUGUCAGAAUUUCAUUCACCGACGCAAACGCCACCGAUUCUUCUAGUAGCGAAGAAGACGCGGAGGCUCGUCCCCGUGGGAAACGCCACGUCAAGGAGAUCGUAAUCAACCCUCCAGACUCCGAUAACAAAGCCUGCAAGACGCGGUUCAAGAUCAAGACUCCACCGGAGUUUCUCAAAGAAACGACGGAGAAGAAGACAAAGAAGUUUCGUGGAGUGAGGCAGAGACGGUGGGGGAAAUGGGCGGCUGAGAUCAGGUGCGGACGAGGUCAGAAGGGACGACGUGAACGUGUUUGGCUGGGGACUUUCGACACAGCCGAAGAAGCUGCUCUCGCUUAUGAUAACGCCGCGAUUCAGCUGAUUGGUCCUCACGCGCCGACCAAUUUCAGUUUUCCGGCGGAGAAUCAAGAAGUCAAGAACGUGGACGGAGCUUCUGCUGACGUUGCUCGUGGCGCGUGAAGCGCGUUGGUUUAUUUAGCUGAUCGUGUUAAUCUAUGUUGUAGUGUAAAUUAAUCUUGUACUUGUUAAAAAUCUCCUGAUGAUGUUUCUGAUGUCAUCAUGUCCUUUGUCUGAAUCUUUUUGUUGUCGUCACUGUAUAUAUUUGUCCCAUCUAUUUGAAUUCGGGUUUGGUCUUGUUAACCAAAAC